GCCUACUCUGGGCUUUGCCAGCCUGCGGGCGGGGGCUGCAGAGCGGGGUGAGCUCGCUGUAGGCCGAAGUCCCGCUGUUCUCGCGGCUGGCGCCCCUCCCGCAGCCAUGGGGGCGUCCGCUCGGCUGUUGCGCGCAGUGAUCAUGGGCGCCCCGGGUUCGGGCAAGGGGACCGUAUCGUCGCGCAUCACCAAACACUUCGAGCUGAAGCACCUCUCCAGCGGGGAUUUGCUCCGAGACAACAUGCUUCGGGGCACAGAAAUUGGUGUGUUGGCCAAGACUUUCAUUGACCAAGGGAAGCUCAUCCCAGAUGAUGUCAUGACUCGGUUGGCUCUUCAUGAGCUGAAAAAUCUCACCCAACAUAGUUGGCUAUUGGAUGGUUUUCCAAGGACACUUCCACAGGCAGAAGUUCUGGACAGAACUUAUCAGAUAGACACAGUGAUUAAUCUGAAUGUGCCUUUUGAGGUCAUUAAGCAGCGCCUCACUGCUCGCUGGAUUCAUCCAGCAAGUGGGCGAGUUUACAACAUGGAAUUCAACCCUCCCAAAACUCUGGGCAUUGAUGAUUUGACUGGAGAACCUCUCAUUCAACGUGAGGAUGACAGACCAGAAACAGUUAUCAAGAGACUGAAGACCUAUGAAGCCCAAACAAAGCCGGUUCUGGAAUACUACCAGAAAAAAGGGGUGUUGGAAACAUUCUCCGGAACAGAAACCAACAAGAUCUGGCCCCACGUAUAUGCCUUCCUACAAACAAAAGUUCCACAGAUAAACCAGAAAGCAUCAGUUACUCCAUGAGAAAAAGUGUGUAAAAUUACUGAGAAGCUCCUUAAGAUUCUGGCAUGUAUGAAUUCUAUGAAAAUUAUAUUAGCUUUAUUUCAAUUUAUUUUAUUCUGGAAAUUAAGGCUGGCCAAAUGAAUCAAUCAGAGCCUGAGAUUUAUCUUUUAAAAUUGUCUAGUGUGUUUUAUACAGUUCUCUAUGGGCAUACAGUUAAAAAACAUCAGAGAUGUCUAAACUUUGGAAAAAACUUUUGGGGUGUAAUUGAAGAGCAAUUAGUAAUAUUCUAACUUUUGUUCAGCAAAAAUAAGUGGUUGAUAGGCUUCCUUACUUUUCUAGAACAAUAAAGAAAAAAUUCCAGGUCUUUUGUGGAAAGUAUUCCAUGAAGGCUUUUGUAUGGACUGAUGCCAAUAAAGGUAUUUUUAGCACUGUG